GUGGGUGCACCUAUGGGGAUCAGUGAAGCCAUGGUGCUCUGUGGGCCAGUGAGGGUAUGGGGCGUGCACAGGUGUAUGUGGAGGUGCACCGUUGGGCCAUGCUCAAGAUCCCAUGGGGAUGGAGGUGGCUUAGUCUGGCAGCGCUCCAGCCCCUAGGGGCAAAAUUCACCUCUUUCCUAGGAGUCUGGGUUCCUGUUCCUGUCAGCUUCCCUGCCAGGCCCCUCCAAAAACAGGGCAACUCCAGACCUUCCAGGCAAAGAGGACCCAGAGGGAGGAGAGAGGAGAUGAGGGGCGGGUGUCUGGGAAGCAAGUGGAUGAGUGACGGGUGGGAAAGGGAGCAGGCCCUUCUCCUUCUGGGGCUGAACCCCGUCUCCACCUCCCUCCAAGACCAGCACUGCGAGAGCCUGUCCCUGGCUGGCAACAUCUCAGGACUGCAGUGCAACGCGUCCGUGGACCUCAUUGGCACCUGCUGGCCCCGCAGCCCCGCAGGGCAGCUAGUGGUUCGGCCCUGCCCUGCCUUUUUCUACGGUGUCCGAUACAACACCACAAACAAUGGCUACCGGGAAUGCCUGGCCAACGGCAGCUGGGCCGCCCGCGUGAAUUACUCCGAGUGCCAGGAGAUCCUCAAUGAGGAGAAAAAGAGCAAGGUGCACUACCAUGUUGCAGUCAUCAUCAACUACCUGGGCCACUGUAUCUCCCUGGUGGCCCUCCUGGUGGCCUUUGUCCUCUUUCUGCGGCUCAGGCUGGGCUGCUCCCACUGGGGUGACCAGGCAGAUGGAGCCCUAGAGGUGGAGGCUUCAUGGAGUGGUGCCCCCUUUUCAGGUUCAAAGGUCAUCCGGUGCCUGAGAAACAUCAUCCACUGGAACCUCAUCUCCGCCUUCAUCCUGCGCAAUGCCACCUGGUUCGUGGUCCAGCUCACCAUGAGCCCUGAGGUCCAGCAGAGCAACGUGGCCUGGUGCAGGUUGGUGACAGCUGCCUACAACUACUUCCACGUGACCAACUUCUUCUGGAUGUUCGGUGAGGGCUGCUACCUGCACACAGCCGUCGUGCUCACCUACUCCACCGAGCGGCUGCGAAAGUGGGUGUUCAUCUGCAUCGGCUGGGGUGUGCCCUUCCCCAUCAUUGUGGCCUGGGCCAUUGGGAAGCUGUACUACGACAAUGAGAAGUGCUGGUUUGGCAAAAGGCCUGGGGUGUACACCGACUACAUCUACCAGGGCCCCAUGAUCUUGGUCCUGCUGAUCAAUUUCAUAUUCCUUUUCAACAUCGUCCGCAUCCUCAUGACCAAGCUCCGGGCGUCCACCACAUCUGAGACCAUUCAGUACAGGAAGGCUGUGAAGGCCACUCUGGUGCUGCUGCCCCUCCUGGGCAUCACUUACAUGCUGUUCUUCGUCAAUCCCGGGGAGGAUGAGGUAUCCCGGGUCGUCUUCAUCUACUUCAACUCAUUCCUGGAGUCCUUCCAGGGCUUCUUCGUGUCUGUGUUCUACUGUUUCCUCAACAGUGAGGUCCGCUCUGCCAUCCGGAAGAGGUGGCACCGGUGGCAGGACAAGCACUCAAUCCGCGCCCGGGUGGCCCGAGCCAUGUCCAUCCCCACCUCCCCCACCCGUGUCAGCUUUCACAGCAUCAAGCAGUCCACGGCAGUCUGAGCUGGCAGGCCGCAGAGCAGCCCCCCAAGAGCUGUGGCUGGGAGCAUGACGGCCAGGCUCCUGGACCACCCUGUCUGUGGAGGCGACCUGUUAAAUCUCAUGCCCACUCCCCCAGGAGUAGCUGGCACUGACAGCCUGGGGGUUCCACUCUCCCCUGCAGCUGUGCAGUACCUCUAGCUCAUGAGUGGAAAGUCAUCUACAGGACUGGGCCAGGCCCAGGGCCUCUGGCUUCCCUGCCCGAUCCUCCCUGGAGAAGGGACAUGGGAAUGAAUUGACAUGCGGCGCUGGACACCCACAGCAGCACACAUGUCCCUCCAAGGCUGUCUUCUCCCAGAGCACAAGAAGGCCAGCCUACUGGGGCCUGGGGCUGACCUCGGCAUCUGUGGGGAGGCUGUUCGCUGCCCCAGGGCCUCAUGGGCAACUCGUGACAGCCUCUGACUCACCAUGAUGAUGCCUCUGAACCUCGGCGAUGCCUUCUGACACCACUGGGAACCAAGGGCCCUUGCUCAGGAGUCCUGGAGACAGAAGUCAGGUGUCAUCAUCAGACAUGGGGCCGCAGCACUAGAGUCACCCUCCAGGCCUCCAGAACCUCACUGGCACUGUGGCACUGCCACCAGCAAUGCCCUGCCUUGCUGCCUUCACCCUGAACAUUAACUACCCUGCAGGCCAGGCCAGCUUCCCCUUACAUCGUCCUCACCCCACAACCAUCACCUCCUGCCCCCGGGUUUCCUCUUUUGUGAGAAGAUGGGGGCUGAAGGGGUCAGAGUGGCCUGUGAGCAAGAGCCAGGCACGUCUGAGCCCCGGCAUCUGUGCCAGAGCUUGUGGCCCCGGAUGGCCUCUGGGGCAGGACCACUAGCUAAGCAAGCGAGGAGAAGGCCCUUGCCCAAGUGGCUCUUGGGACAGCGUGCUGCUUAUACUCCAGGUGUGACCAGCCCAGCCCCCACUGAGCUGCCCAUGUCUGGAGGGACUGGACAGCCAGAGCAGGGUUUGGGGGACACUAGAAGAUGAGGGUGUCAGCUGUGAGGUGGGUGGCUGGUAUAAAUAAUAUUUAUCUUUUCAACCAGCA